AUGGAGUUCACCGAAGAUACUAUCCAGGAUCUCAAGUACCGCUUUGAAGAUGCAGCCAUAAAGUGCUCAGAGCGAUGUCUCUAUCAAUCAGCUAAAUGGGCAGCAGAGAUGUUGGAUUCUCUCCUACCGGUCGAGCGCGAAGACACCGAUCCGGAUUCCUCGAUGGACACAGCGGACACAAACCCCGCCGUAAACCCGUACUUGCGCGUGAAGGACCCCUCGGAGGCUGCGCUCGAGACCCAAGAAGCUCACAAGUACCUCUUGGCCAAAUCUUACUUUGAUACCCGCGAAUAUGACCGAUGCGCAGCGGUAUUUCUGCCUCCGAAAGCACCCCUCGUUCCACUUUCCAUGAAAUCGCCCAAUUCCAAGCCGAAGCAGCCUCGAACAACUCCUAUGAAAGCAAAGGACAAAGCCUCUCCGUUCCAAGGAUCCAAAGGCCACGCCGCGAGCAACCCGUACCCUAAAAUCAGCCAAAAAUCACUGUUCCUUGCUCUGUACGCGAAAUAUCUUGCUGGAGAGAAACGCAAGGACGAGGAAACCGAGAUGGUGCUGGGUCCUGCGGAUGGCGGAAUGGCGGUCAACAGAGAAUUGUCAGAUCUCGCGCGUGGUUUGGAGGGGUGGUUAGCAGAACGAACUGCCAAAGGACUAGAAGAGCAAAGCCAAGGCUGGCUGGAGUAUCUCUAUGCUGUCGUGCUGCUGAAGGGCCGGAACGAGGACCUGGCCAAGACAUGGCUCAUCCGAAGUGUGCACCAGAACCCGUUCCACUGGGGUGCAUGGCAGGAGUUGAAUGAUUUGCUGGGAAAUACCGAAGAUUUGAACCAAAUCCUGCCUCAUCUGCCGGAGAACGUGAUGACCCUAAUCUUCCACGUCUACUGCAGUCAGGAGCUAUAUCAAGCAACGAACGCGACAGACAAAGCCCUCAAUGAGCUCGAAUCCCUUUUCCCCACCAGUUCAUUUUUACAGACCCAGCGAGCGUUGCUCUACUACCACAACAAAGAAUUCGACGAGGCGUCCCAAAUCUUUACUCAAAUCUUAACUACAUCACCGCACCGACUCGACAGUCUCGAUCACUUCUCGAACAUCCUAUAUGUGAUGGGCGAACGGCCCAAACUCGCCUUUAUUGCCCAAGUAGCAACCGCCACUGACAAAUUCCGGCCCGAAACGUGCUGUGUCGUCGGCAACUACUACUCCUUGAAAUCCGAGCAUGAAAAGGCGGUCAUGUACUUCCGCCGUGCUCUGACCUUGGAUCGCAACUUCUUGUCUGCCUGGACACUGAUGGGCCACGAAUAUAUUGAAAUGAAAAACACUCACACCGCCAUCGAGUCCUAUCGCCGUGCCGUCGAUGUCAAUCGCAAGGACUACCGAGCCUGGUAUGGUCUCGGUCAAGCCUAUGAGGUUCUCGACAUGGCCUUUUAUGCCCUUUUCUACUAUCAACGUGCUGCAGCUCUUCAGCCUUACGACCCUAAGAUGUGGCAGGCCGUCGGGUCAUGCUACGCGAAGAUGGGCCGAAUCGAGCAGAGUAUCCAGGCGCUGAAGCGUGCCCUGGUUGCGGGCUCUUACUACGCAGAUGACGGCGCCCCCAGCUCAAGCCCCGGCUCUAACACCCGCAAGAUCCUCGACCCGGAAACCCUGCACCAGAUCGCGACUCUUUACGAGCGUUUAGGCGACGAGGACGAGGCCUCCGCAUACAUGGAAUUGACCCUCCAACAAGAAACCGGCGGUGCACCUGUCCACGAGGAGGAAGGCUCUGACGAGGAUGAGUACUCGUCUGCUUCCGAUAAUGUCGCUCACAGUGAUGUCGAAGAUGAAGGCUCCGGGGAUGAUGGUGGUGACAUAAACUCUCGUGGACAUCGCCGCAAGCCGCGCCCUAGGACGUCAUCCUUUGGCAUGCAGCACGAUGACUCAACUGCUAGCGAUGCCUGGCACCAUGGUACAGGACCGACGGCCACCACAUCCAAGGCACGCCUGUGGUUGGCACAGUUUGCCUUGCGGAAUGGGGACUUGGAGCGCGCAGAUCAUCUCGCGGGAGAAUUGUGUCAGGACGGAAUGGAAGUGGAGGAAGCCAAGGCGUUGAUGAGAGAUAUCCGUGCUAGGAGGGAAGAUGCGGACUAG